UUAAACAUAUGAUCUCUGAUUUUAACCUAACUUUUGUGUUUUGACGUUUGAAUUGUGUAUUGUUUUUUUAUAGAUAGAAACGGCAGUGAAAUAGUUAACAAAACCACCAUGAAUAACUUUCAGAGAUGCCAGAACACGGCCGACUUAGUGCCACUUUAUAUUCCCCAGCAGCUUUAUUUGAAACCGAUAUCGAGAAUAAAUAUUUCAUUGCAAUUGCCCAACUUGAAAAAGACCAAUAAAAGUAUUUCACACCGGGAAAUUAUGGAGAAACUUCGGGAGUUAAUUGAGCCAGAAAAAUUCACCGUGAUUAAAGUAAUUAAGACGACAGUGGAGUUUGUAAGGUUUGAAGCAGAGGUCGAGUCGAAGACAAAAGUGGAUCUUGUUAUUACAAAGAUUGAUAACCGGAUGAUUAAGCUGAAGGAUUUUUCGGAGUUUAUGAGAGUGAAAGCAGCAAAGGCCAAAUUACACCAUCCAACACGCCAAGAAUGGGAUGAGUAUUUCCACAAUGAGAGGGUGAGAAACCAGAAAACGUGCGGAGAAGCAGAUACCGUACAUCUUUCAAAACUACCAACGAAAUGGUUCGUUUCCCAUCGUUCAGCGUUUAUUGGUGAGAACGAAAGCUCAGUUCUACCUUCAGAAAAAUUAUUUUAUCGCAUAUUCGAGAAGUUCGGACGUAUAAAAAACGUCGACAUUCCAAUUUGCGAUCCAUAUCGGAAACAUAUGAAGGACCACAUCACAGGAAUUCAAAACUCUUCGUUUGAUCAGACGGAUUUCUUUGAGGGUUACAUUCAAUACAAAGAUUAUAUCGGUUUUACGAGCGCCAUGGACGCACUUUGUGGCAUGAAACUUGUAUAUAAGGGCUCCAACGAUGAUGAGGUGCUCGAGACCGACGUAGUUGUUGAUUACGAUCGCACGAAACAUCUGUCCUCCGGAACAAUACGAAGAAGGGAGAUUGUAAGGGAACGGCUUAUUAAGAAAGCCAAAGAAAAAGAAGAAAAGGAGAGGCAAGAGCUGGAAGAUAAGAGGAAACAGGAGGACUUGGAAAGAAUGAAGGAAUUGGACUUGAAAACCGAAAAGGAACAACGGCGAAAAAUAAGAGAAGAAAAACGAAAAGUUCAAGUAUUGGAAAAAUUAAAAAUAACAGGGUCCGACGAAAUAAAUGAGAAGAUCGAAAGAGAAGAAAAAAAAUUGUUAUGCGUGCAAAGAAAAUUGGAGGCGAUACGAUUGAUUGAGGAAUUAUUUAAACGUAUCAAGGAGAAACACAGAGAGGAAGGUCUUAGCAAAUCAGAAUCGAACGCGGGAUACGAAGAGCUGAAACUUUUUAAAGAUUCGAGUGAACUGGCCGUUCAAUAUCAAAAGGAGAAACUGUACAGCGCCAUUAGGGGUCGGGCAGUAUUAAAGUCGAUACUCUCUUCGGACAGGCAUCGUCGUAGAUCCUCCAGCUCGUCGUCCUUAUCUCUAGAUGAAGAUACGAAUGAAAGAAAGUCUAAACCAAUCAACAGCAUUCCGUAUGAUCCUUCUUGGUUGGGCAUCCCAUAUCACUUGUCACCAGGCAUUCUGUAUCCCCCUUCGAAUAUGUAUCCGUCUCCUCAUUUCGACAAUUCGUAUGCGGGUCCCCCUUCCAGAGGUGGCGCAUAUCCGAGAAGAGGAAGAUCGUAUUCUCGGUUCCGUGGCACAGGUUACCGCAACAGAAGGAACAAUUGGAUGAUGAACCCAGACGUUAAGCAAGAAUACCAAAGAUAUUUUAUGAAAUUUUUAGAUGUGCAAACAAACAGACGUAAAAGAAACAGAUCCUCGGAACGAUCCAGGAGUAGGUCUAGAUCUAGACCGAGGCCAAGAAGGCGGUCGUCGUAUUCGAGAUCCAGAUCAAAAUCAUGUAGUAGCAGUUCGAACAAACGAUCACGAACACGAUCACGAUCACGAUCUGGAUCAAGAAAUAGUCAUUAUCGCAGCAGAAGGUGGUCGUCCUACAAAAGUCGAUCACGAAGCCGGAGAUCAAGCAGGAAAGGAAAAUCUGAUAGAAGCGACAGUUCUCUUAAAGAAGAACGACGGAAGGAGAAAUCACGAAGUAAAUCUUGGUCUUCACCCACUUAUAACGAUAGAAGUAGAAAAUGUGAGAAAUCAACGUAGGAUAAAUUUCCAAUCAUGUUUCUUAUUAUUAUAACUUAUAUGUGUUUAUCUAUAUUCAAAGAAAAAGUGUUGAGAAUAAAUAUUUUAUAAUGAA